AUGAGGAUUUUUCCUGUCUGUCAGAGCAUUAGAGAGACCCUCCUAAAUACCGUGCAUUCUAGGUGCCUUCAUGGGACUUGGACAUUGUUUUUUACUCUUACUGUUACUGUUUCGCGGUAA